AUGGCCACUCUUUUGCCAACCUUGUGGUCAUUUGUCCGCGACACUGUUCGUGAGGGCUUCGACAGUAAUGCUUUUGACCUUGUUUGUUAAAGAUCUUUUUCAAUUAUCACAAUCUAAUCUUUUAAGGAAGUUUCAAGAGACUUUGACACCCAAGAUAUAGCUCAAGCGACUGGCAGAUAUGAACAAGAAGCAAAGGAUUUGUUGCAUAAUGUAAUUUAUAUUUUCUGGCAAGGAAAUUAUAAAGUCCAUUUUAGAAAACCGAGAUCAAAAAGCUGAUAUCAUACAUAGACCUGACGACGUUGGCUGGCGAUGACACUGCUGGACGAGUUAUAGCUCUGGCUGAUAGGGCCUUAAACCCAGUUCCUACGGUCAGCCACAAAUUAUUUUUCUGCUCAACUGAAUUUUUUUAGGAUGGCUCAGUUCGGUGCGCUGCAGUCUGUGUAUACCCUCAGAGAGUGUUGGAUGUGAAAAAUCACUUGAAAGCGAAAGGUCGAAAACUUAACAUUGCCGCAGGUUUUCGACCAUUUUUUAAGAGAAAAUUUUAUUUUUCUAGUCGCCGCCGGUUUUCCUUCUGGGCAAUAUCAUCUGCAGUCAAAGUUGAUGGAAGUUUCACUUACCGUCGAUGAUGGCGCCACGGAAAUCGAUAUCGUGAUUAGCCGAGCAGCGGCUCUCGAUGAGGAUUGGAAAAGUUGGUUGAUUUAAGUGGCUUUUUUUCUCAACUCGAUUUCGUUUGAAAAAGUCUUUUUAUAGCGGUUUAUGACGAAGUUCUUGCCCUGAAGAAGGCAUGCGGCAGUGCUCACAUGAAAACGAUUCUGGCGACGGGGGAACUCAAAACGCUCAGCAAUGUAUAUAAAGCAAGUUGGGCUAGUAUUUUGGCAGGUAGGGUCCGAGCUGAAGAAGCUCUCUAGUGAAGGAACCUAGGUUCCGAUUUCAUCAAGACUUCCACCGGCAAAGAGUCCGUUAACGCCACUUUGGAAGUCGCCUACGUCAUGUGCUCAGCCAUCAAGCGGUGGUACGAGCAAACCGGCAAAAAGGUAUUUUUUUAGGUCUAGCUGAAAAGGGAACUUUUCUUAAUUACGCUGUCGAAGUGGUUAAGCUCAACUUCAAAUAAACGAUCGUGGAUUUCGAACUUCAAACAUUAAGCUAUUAAAGUUGAUUUUCAUAACUGGUAGUGAUUAAAUAAUGGUUCUCGUUUCUUUUAAAUAAUUCUGUCUUUUUAAAGGUGGGAUUCAAGCCGGCUGGCGGUAUCAAAACGCCGGAAGAAGCACUCGCCUACGUCGCCUUGAUCAGAGAAGUAAAAAUUACUUCUUCGAACGAUGAAAUAGUUGUGGUUUGCAGGUUCUUGGUGAAGAAUGGUUGAACCCCCAACUUUUCCGCAUUGGCGCGAGCAGCCUUCUUGACAAUUGCCUUAAAGCUCUUUAG